AUGACCAGACCCAUCGCCGUCUGCGGUGCAACAGGGAAACUAAGCGUCCGCGGUCUCACGCGCGAUCCGCGUCCACCGACUGCCCAAGCUCUGACCGCCCUCGGCGCGGAGGUUGUCAAAGUAGACCUCACCGUGCCCGCGGAGGUCUCCGCCGCGCUGGCUGGAUGCUGGGGCGUCUUCGGGGUCACCAAUUUCUACGACACGAAGAUCAAGGACGACCCGGGGAGCGAGGAGCGGCAGGGGAAGAACCUUGUCGACGCCGCGCUCGAACACAGGCUGCAUUGCUUCGUGUGGAGCACUCUGCCUAGCUCCGAUAAGCUCUCGGGUGGGCGGUUUGGGUCUCGUAUCUAUGACGUCGAUGAUUAUAUGCGCAAGAUGGUCCGGCCGGGGACGUUCAUCUACACGGGCAACUUUUACGAGAAUAUGAUCUUCCGCUCGCACGUCAAGUACGGCGAAGAACAAGACCGCGUCGAGUUCACGCAGGCGAUCAUUAACGAGGACGUCAAGCAGCUAGGUGCAUAA